AUGGUGGUCACGAAACAAGGCAAGAGCUUCGAAGAAAGACUCAAAACUUGGACAGAGAGAGCCACAUCAGCAUUAGCAGCACUUCGCUCUCUCGAAGACCAGGAGGGUACAUCGAACUCCCCGAGUCAGCUCAGAAAACUACUCGGAGACAAGUACAUUGAGACUAUGACUCUGAGGAAAGUGAGGAUCAUGACCGCCGCUCAACAGCAGCCAACCCAACCAAUGCAGACCGUCGUUGCGUCGUCGAACGCCUCCAAUGCAGCUACUGCUGGGGCGUCGACGUCUACUGCAACCCCAUCCGAGAUACCUCAAGUCGCUGGGCGGAAACGAAAGGCUGUUGUGAUUGAUCUUACUGAUGAUUGA